AAAAAGUCGAGCAAAAAAGCUGCGGCGAUUCCUUUUGCAGUUUUCGGCCGCGUCCCGUCAAUUGAACCUUCUACCACUUCCCCCAACUCUGUGAACUUGCGACUCUUCAGCAAUUCCUUCGUUAUAUACUGUUCGAAUUCGCCGAGAUAUUUGAUCUCUCGCUACAUUGUCGCAAUCAUGUCGGACCCAUUGCUUUUCGAAGACACCUUCACCAUCACUGGUGUCAACCAGCAGAAAUACGAUCGCGUUUCUCGCCUGACCUGCACGUCCUCUGAUCACACCUCUACCUUUACUCUCGAUGUCAACACUGAGCUCUAUCCCUGCACGACUGGGGAGUCCGUAUCUAUGGCUCUCGCUUCGACCCUUUCCUUGGACGGCAAGGAAGACACUGGCUCGAAGGGCUGGAGAGAGGUCGGUAUGGGCGAGCAGACCCUGGCAAACGACUACGAUUAUGUUUGCCAUGGAAAGGUCUACCGUUUUGAGGAGGGAACUACUCAAGGAAACAUGGCGGUUUUCAUCUCUUUCGGUGGACUGUUGCUCUAUCUUGAAGGACCCUACAAGAAGCUGGCGCCCUUGAGGAUCGACUAUGUGUAUCUACUUCUGAAGAAAUGAAGGAAACGAGGAAAGAUAUCAUCCCAUCAACACUUCGUAUCGAGAAUUCAUGGGUAUCUGUGUCCGGGGUCGACCUUCGGACUGACAGAAAAGUUUGCAUUAAUUGGGAU